UUUAAAAAAAUACCUGUGAUUUAUUUUGAAAUUCCAAAACAAAGCGCUUGUCGACUAUCGGCGUUAUGCAACACUAGCGCCGCGGAAGCACAACAAAAGGAUUUCGCAACACUAGAACUUUUCUGCUCUAUAAAUUACAUUCCUCAACAAAAAAAAAAAGUUGUAAACAGCGAUUUACUAACUAAAACACAGUGCAAACAUGAGCUCCGCUCGUUUUGCGCGCUCCGGACGCGUCCGCAUCUGCAUUCUGAUGAGCAUGUUCAUUGUGCUCAUCAUGAUGAUAGUCAUUUACCAAAUGUCCCAGCACCAAUUGGACGAGAGCCGCGCCUUCCAGGAAGGUCUGAACGUCCAAAUGCAAUCGCUCACCGCCGAAAAGGUGACUGCGGAGAAGCGGAUGAGUUUGCUGCGCACCGAGAAGAUGAGCCUGCAGGAGAAGUACGAGGGUCAGCUGGCGGAGGCUGUGCAGAAGCAGCAGGAGAUAGAGCGAGCCCUGCAGGAGAAGUUCGACGCACAACUAGAGAAAUACAAACUGCUGGAGGGCAAGUACUCCGAUCUGGAGGCGGAGUGCCUUAAGAGCAAGAAGAAACACAUCGAGGACACCAACGCCUUUGACCAGAAGCUGCAAAAGCUGCUGGCCGAUGUGCACAAGGACAAGGCUGGCAAGGAACAGGAGGUUUCGGCCUGGAAGGAUAAGCUGGAAAAGCUGCAUCGCGACUCGGAGCACAAGAUACACGCCUUGGAGGCCACCAUCUCAGAGUUCAAGGCCAACUGCCAAUAUGUGCCCAAGGUGCAGCCAGCAGAGGCUCCGGCCCACGACCACCAGCAGCAGCUUCACAAGCCGGCGGACCUUACGCCCACAACGAGAAACUCCAGUCCAGCCCAACAGGCUCACAGCAUCGAGAAGCCGCGCAACGAGAAGUCCUUCGAUGCCCAAGUGCAAGUGAGUGACGGCGUCUACAGGAUCGGCGGCGGGGUAAAUCUUCUAGCAACUAACCCAAAACAAAACCAAAAGCAAACUAACGCAACUACUAACACCACGGUUAAGAGCAAUGGUGGCGGGGCCAAGGAUCAGGCGCAACGGCCGGAGCGGGAGCAGCUGCCACUGCUCACCUUCGCCGUUCGCAACAACCACAGCCUGAUAAUAAACUCUGUUGAAAACUUUCAGAUUGUCCCUGAGAAGCAGCAGCAGGAGGAGCCGCAGCUAUCCGGCGGUCCCAUUUCCCCGCUGAGUGCUCCCCGCAAGAGCAGCACUCAGUCAUCGGCCGGCGAAUUGGCGGUCAAGAGCGCAGGCGAUGCUCCGAAUGCCUCUGUGGCCCCCAAGAUGAGCAGCAGCGGUUUGCCGCCACUUGCUAAGCCGCCGGCCAAAACGGAGCGCAAGCUGCCCGAAAACGUAGCCCCCAUUCCUGAGAACUUCGAGGACAACAAGAUGGAUGCCAAGGGUGAUGCUGUUGAUAUGGACACCGCUGCCGAGGAGCUGCCAAAGAACGAGAACAACAAUCGCUAUGCAAAUGCCUUAAAUGAACUGGAAAACACCAAAAAUCUGGGUGUUGCGCCCAAGCCUAACGAGGACUCUGGCGGCCACGAGGUCAAGGAUGCCUUGAACGAGCCCAGCUUUAAUUUACCAGCUGCCGGAGGGCAGAACUUCUUUGAUGGCGAGCUGCCAGCACCGGGUCCCGGGCCCGUGCCCGAUGAGCCGGCCAAGCAUAUGGCUGAGGCAGCUGGCGCUGGUGGCGGUGGCGAGGGCGAUGAAGAUGAAGAUGUUGGCGAUGUGGCCGUGAAGCAGCCGCAGCAUCUGCUCGACACGGACAAUCUGAACAACGAAAUAGUGGCCGAUCAAGGCAAAGAGUUUGCCGAGGGCGGUAUUCAUCUGGAAGAUGGCCUUGAUGAGGAUCAGGAUGAGGAUGACUACUCGAAUGUGGCGGCGCGCAAGAAGGGAGGCGAGGCCAUUAGACAUUAAGUAAAAAGAAUUUUCGUUUAACAUCUACCGGCAAGUGUGCAAAGGAAUAGAAAACCAACCCCUCCUUAGCUCCUUAGCUUAGAUUUCAUGGAUCUAAAUAAGACACUUAAUUGAAUAUGUAUAAUAAUGGGAGAUUAUACAGCCAGAUCUAUGUAUAUGGGUGGGAAAGCACGCCCUACUUAGUUGAUAAGUAAAGUUCAAGCUCAUGAUUCACGAUCUUUUUUAAACGGAAGCGAAAGUUAAUAGAAUGAACAAAGUUCUACACAAAA